UUCAAACUGAGCCCGCUAAAACUGUCAAUUUGCAAAAUUUAAAAUGUUGAACUUGGUGCACAUCACUACAGGCUCAACGAAUCCAAUGAGAUCGCUUUUCUGGUCAUAAAACACAUCACAUCUUUUUAGAAGAAAGUUAAUGAAAACAGGAGAAUAGAUCUGAUUUCUGGAAGAGCUGGAAAAGUGUGAUAACAACCAAAUGAAUGAGUCCUGAUUGAAAAUAGAGAUAGAGGAAAUUAACAAAUUCAAUGGUAGCUUCAAAAAGGUCGUGCAGCAGACACAUCCCUACAUUUUAAGGUUAAAACGCUGUCAGUCCAGUUUGAUGCCAAUCCAACCAAUACAACGUAAAAAGGUUACUUGAAAUUUGAUUUUUUUUUUAUCACGGUUAAUAAGCUUUGAUGAUAAUGUUGUUUUUAUAUCAUAAGAAAACAGUCUUCCUGAGCAUCUAGAGACAAUCCAAAAAUGCCCAAAUUAACGUGGCGCAGAUUGUCUCGCAGGCAGCAGCGCGUGUGUGGCGUGUGCUCUGCACUUUCCCCUUUGUUACAUUCGGCAUUAUCACACUGGUGUUUUCGUUUGUGCAUUAUCACCGAGAAAGAACAAUUAGAAGUGCGGCGUUUCUCCAGCUGCUGCUCACGCACUUGUUGCCAGCGGAGCGUGCGGCUGGCGGCUUGAAAAAGCGUGGCGCCGCACACUCCGCUUCACUCGUGUGUCCUCAUCCAGCAAUGCAACGCCUGGGCCUCUUUGCGGCCCUCGCCCUCCUCGUCGCGUGCGCAGCGGGGGCCUCUCUCGGCCCCGGAGACCAGCACCAUCGCUCCAAGAAGAUGAUGCGCGGCCCGAAGCGCGCCCUCAAGCACAAGGUGAACGUGGACGACUACCUGGCCGCGCCGUCCAACGUCGCAAACCAGCACGUCAGUUUCCUCCCGCCGCAGCCGGUGCAGCGCAAACAGCGAUCGCCGUACGCCAAGCACAACUCUGUUGAACACAGCGUCAACCCCACCAGACAGUCCAGAUUCCUCUCGCUGUUCUCGGUGGUGCGCUUCGAGAACCUCGAGUGCGGCGCCGUGUCCGGCGACAACGGCACCUGUCUCGCGGCCCGCGAGUGCAUCGAAAGGGGUGGCGUCGCCAGCGGCCCCUGCGCCGGCGGCUUCGGUGUUUGUUGCGUUUUCAUCGUGACGUGCGGCCAGACAACAUACCAGAACUCAACCUAUUUUGUAAACAGCGGCUACCCUGGGCCCUACGACGGCACUGGCUCGUGCCAACUCACCGUCCACAAGAGACACCCUGAUAUAUGCCAACUUAGGUUAGAUUUUGACCAGUUCAUGAUAGGAGGGCCGGAAAUCAUCAACCACGUGUGCAGCAAUGAUCAGUUCAUCGUAUCAGGUGGCAGUCCAGUGCCGGCCAUCUGUGGCACCAACACUGGAAAUCACAUGUAUGUAGAUGCGGGUGCUGGCUACACCAGUCCGGUGACCCUGACCUUUGUGACGUCAGGGCCGGCGUACCCGCGAAACUGGAAGGUGCGCAUCUCGCAAAUUCCGUGCCAGAGCAACUACAAGGCGGAGGACGGCUGCAUGCAGUACCACACCGGCGUCACCGGACAGAUUCGCUCCUUCAACUACGACUCGGGCAUGGGCCUGCAGCUCAGCAACCAGGACUACAGCAUCUGCAUCCGCAUGGAGCGUAACUUCUGCGGCAUCCAGUACACCACAGCCCCUGAUCCAGUGAACAACCGUUCUCGGUCAUUCAGUCUGAGCGGACAGACAACAGGACAGAACCAGGUGACGUCGAUGGUAGGCUCCGUGGGGCCCAACUCGUGCAACGGAGACUGGAUAAUCAUCCCUUGCGCCGCGAACGCGGGCCGAGCGCCCAGCAUCGAGCCUACAUGCACCGACCGCAUUUGCGGCGGCACCUUCAAUUCCGAGGUCUCCACCGUGCCGGCCACAGUCUUUAGUACAGUGAAGCCGUUCCGGAUUAUAUACCACACAAACAAUGUAGAAUUCCCGAAUGACCAGUCUAACCGCGGAUUUGCUCUCAACUAUGUGCAGCAACCCUGCACCAACGUUAUGAACUAACACGAUAAAUUAUUAUCUGCUGAGGGUCAGAACAUAUUCUAUUGGGAAUUGGUACCAAACCACAGCUUAAAUUCCCAAUUGAUUUUCUAAUAUUAAGGCUGACACGUUAAAAACGAUGCUCACUUGUGCGCUCAACGAGAUAUUAUGUUGAGAAGACUCGAUAAAUAUGGGUGUUUAAUUAUUUGUUGACUAAAUGUGUAAUACGCCCAAUACUUCCUGCAUCAAUUUCUGGAACUGCAUCAUCAAUUGAGAAAAAUUAGAAAUAAGCGAUAUUUACAAUUUUGAAAUUGCAGUGAGAAUUAUGUUGGCCAGGGAUUUUUUUAUUUUUCUUUUAUCUCUCUGCUUCAAAUCUCUAGGUUUUAUUUCUGUUAAAAUAUAGCCAUUUUACAUCAAUUGAUAUUAAAAUUCAUUUUUUUUAUUGAGCUCUAUCUUGAAAUAAGAAAAAUACUGCUUCCUAUAGAAUUCCACGUCUGUAAAUUACAAAGUUUUCAUGCUCUAUUUACAUUUCUUUAUUUUACCUUAGAAACACUGUAAAAAAUCAGCUUAAUCAAAACGACACAAAAAGUUUAUUUUACACCAGAACAAUAUGUUCACAACUAUCAACUGUUUUAUUCUUAUUCAAUUUUUAUUUGAAACCUAGUUUUCCCUGCCAGAAAAUUCACUGUCAGUUGUAUAAUUUAUGGAUGAAAGAAUUUCACAAUAAUGCCAUUGGACUUUCAAAAAGAUUGAACUCAAAGGACAUGUUUAGCAAAGACCAGGAAGGGAUAAAAUGGGUAAUUAAUUUAUUGUCACUGUAGAAAUAAAAAUGUUAAAAUACAAACACA